AUGCGUCUCCCAUUUUCUGUUUCUUCUUUCUAUGCAGACGCGGAGGUCAGGUCAACUCCCAGAGAACUUGAAGUUCCCUCGGUGAUCUUCGACUUUAUACCCUACAUCAUGACCUGGAAUAUUCUUCAAGCUUUUGCUCUGGUCUUGCACAUAUCCGUUCUGACGACCGUACUGCAUUCCCGGAACAUCCGCCGAUCACCAACAUGGCUACUCCUUGUCUUCUCUGGAAUGCUCUAUAGCGCUAGCUGUCUCUUCAUUGUCACCCAGCAAGUAGGCCCACCCCCUUCCACAAGUAUCUGUGUUAUACAGGCCACGUUGAUAUACGCGUGCCCUGCUAUGAAUGGCGCCGCCGUUUGCUCCUUCAUGUUGCAGGCAUACUGGGUUGUCGCAUCUCUUGGAAACCUCGGAUCCGCUCCUGUAUACCCCAAAUUUAAUCGCUGGGUGCUGGUGAUACCUCCCUUUGUUUUCUAUGUGGUUCUCGCGGAGGUUCUCAUAGUCUACGCUGUUGAUGAUUCCGGUUUAGAGAGAGAUUUGUCUGGAACACAUUGUGGAAUGAAGCAAAAUCGUCUACCGGUCAGGGUCACUGCCGCGGUUGUGGUGAUAUGCAGCAUCGUUGUGUUGAUACUCGAAGCAUUUAUCUACACCAAGCUGCGAAAGGAAUGGGAUCGUAAUGUCAAGAGUCUAUGCGCGACUCAAAUGCCGCCAAGAGUCAUUGCGAGAGUCGCUAUUUUUGGUCUUUUCGCCGUCAGUGCUUUGGUAAUAAGCUUUGCUCUCUCUGGAUUUACUCUGGAGUCAUAUAACUCCCCGAUUGCCGCAGCAGGCUCGAACUUGGCAAUAGCAAUCAUGCAAGCAGCACAAGCUUUGAUUCUAGGCACGCAACGGGACAUUCUGAGUGUCUGGAUGUUCUGGAAGAAACGACAACCUUCAUACUAA